GCGGGAUGCUGAGUCCGUAGGAGAGAUUCAGUCGUACUGCCUGGCUCCUCUCUGUCGGAGGCACGGCUAACGAGAGACACUUGUCGGGCGACAACCGGUGUCUCGGCACCGCCGGCGAGUGUUGCAUCCGCGUGCCGCGAGGACGGCCGAUCUGCCUCCCUCGGCAGCAGGCUCCUCCUCGUCGCGCGGCAAGGCCGUAGGAAAUCGAAACGGGAGAACGAGAAUGGGUGCACCCGUGUGAGAGCCGAGCGCGCUGUGGAUGAUCUCGCUGGGGUAGCCGGUGGGUUGCAGGGUCCACAUCCGGAAGCGAACGGGAACGCGCAGCACACGACGAGGAGGAUGGGGGUGUACGUAACGGGUGUAAUUGGCGUGAUCGUGUUUUAUGUGGCGGUGCUAGGCGUCGGCGUUUGGGCCGCGGCGUUCAAGAGGCGGAAGGCCGCGCAGGGCCAGGACGACAUGAUGUUGGCGAACCGCGGCCUCGGCCCUCUCCUCGGCGUGUUCACGCUUGUCGCGACGUGGGUCGGUGGAGCUUUCGUCAAUGGCACCGCCGAGGCGAUGUUCACCAAGGGUCUGGCCUGGUGUCAAGUACCUAUCGGAUACAGCCUCAGUCUGCUUUUCGGCGCCAUGCUCUUCGUGCGUCCGAUGAGGAAGGCGGAGUAUGUGACGAUGUUGGACCCUUUUCAAGAGCGAUACGGCGCAGGUGUCGGCGGUUUGCUCUUCCUGCCAGCACUGUGCGGCGAUCUGUUCUGGUGCGGCGCCGUUUUGCGGGCACUCGGGAGCUCGUUGGCUGUUGUCGCCGGGGUCGACCCGAAUAUCAGCGUUUGCGCUUCAGCACUUUUAGCGGCCAUAUACACAGUUUUUGGCGGUCUGUACUCUGUCGCGUGCACCGACGCCCUACAGCUGCUGUGCAUUCUGCUAGGCUUGGCGAUCGCAGCGCCGUUCUCUAUAAUGCAUCCCGCGGUAUCGUUCGAGAAGAAUCUGGCCCUAAGGGACUGGCUGGGACAGAUAAGGAAUGAGGACCUGGGCGUGUGGGUGGACGGUAUGCUGCUACUCGUGUUCGGCGGUAUACCUUGGCAGGGUUACUUUCAACGAAUACUAAGUAUCAGGAGCACCAACGUAGCAACGACUCUGUCGAUAGUUUCGAUGUUUGGUUGCAUGAUCCUGGCGAUACCGUCGGCCUUGAUCGGAGUGGUCGCUCGCGCCACCGAUUGGUCCUUAAUCCCAAACUACAACAAGACCUUUUCUACGGAUGACGGAAACGCGGCAUUGCCGAUGGUCCUGCGAUAUCUCACACCUCAAUGGGUGUCCUUCGUCGGUCUCGGUGCGAUCUCCGCGGCAGUGAUGUCCUCGGCGGACUCCAGCAUUCUCGCCAGCAGCUCCAUGUUCACCAGGAACGUUUACAAGCUUACGAUAAGGCCAAAGGCAUCCGAGCGAGAGUUGAAUUGGGUGCUGAGAAUUUCUGUAAUUAUGGUUUCCAUAUUGUCCACCCUCGUCGCACUCACAGUCAGCAGUGUGUACUAUCUCUCGUAUCUGUGCUCGGAUCUCGUAUACGUCGUUCUGUUUCCGCAACUGCUGGCCGUCGUUCACUGGCCCUCUUUGGUAGACACUUACGGCUGUCUAGCGGGCUACUUUAUCGCAAUCACUCUGCGUCUCGCUGGAGGUGAACGGGGACUCGGUAUACCUGCAUUAAUCGAGUAUCCGUUUUACGACGCGAGAACGCACACUCAGAAAUUUCCCUUCCGCACUGCUGCCAUGAUAAUUGCCCUCUUCACCCAACUUUGCACAAGCUUCCUCACCAGGAAUCUGCUCGGCAAGGGUUACUUCCCUGAAUGCUGUGACGUGCUAAGCGUUUACUCACCUGGCAAGUCCAAGGAGCCAUCGGGCGUCGUACAAAGUAGCUCCGGAGCCGCCCUCAUGGAUUCGUCCUCGAAAUCAACGUCGGGCAUAGACUCAUGCGACGGCGUCGGCAGCUACGACGACGACAGGACCUGCGGUCACGACGAUGCUGCCGACAGCGGUGGCGGUGAUGUGGAGCCAGUCGGCAACGAUCUCGCUGAAAGCUUAAGGGCAAAAGGUGUCGUCAACACGAUUGCGCAGAGAGUGGCGAGCCAGAACUUGCAAAAUCUGCAGAACUUGCAGAACUUGCGAAACGCGAUGACGCCGGCGCGACACGCCACCCCCACGGUGGCGAACCAUUACACGCCAGUCCCCGGCGACGCGUGCAGAGGUCAGAUCCUCGGGGUGAGGAAUUUGCGCGCCCCCCUCGGUCAAGUGCUUUCGCCGACGAGGUCGAUUGGCGUGUUAGCGACGCCGCCGAUCACCCCGUGCGCACCAUCUUAUGCCAAGGUGGGCUGCGAGCUCGGGCCGAGCAGUGAGAAGCCACGUGACAGCGACCGGACGAUCAGCAUCGUCGACCGGAGCAACAUGGAAUUCAAUCUGAACGCGAACACCCAGGAGAAUGCUUCCGCCAGCAUUGGUCCGAAGAAGAGCGUGAAGGGCGUGAAGCUGGUCGGUAUGGAGGGCGGUACGUUGAGGAGGCCGUCGCUGCAGGGCACGUUCUCGCCGACGCCGUCGGUGGAACUGGUCCACAUUCUGGACAGGAGGCAGAGUAGCGGCUCGUAUGGGCCCGGUUCUCUCUCCCCUGUGCCGUCGAUGGGAAUUGAGGCGUGCAAAACUCAUGGGACCGCGACGGAGGGUCAAAGUGGAAACGAGCAUUGCAGGAUAAAGAGGGGCAUUGUGCGGCAUCACAGUUUGCGCAGCUUCAAUGACACGGGAGAUCGAGCGCUGACGACGCUCGCCAGGCAGCCGACGUAUCCGUCGAUGCCGUUGAGGCCGGAGGACUGUCGCAUGACAUUGGCGAAGAAGGACAAGAGGCUGUCCACUAUCGGCAGGCAUUCGUCGGUGACAAACGAGAACGAGCUCGGCAACACGAGCAGCAUGGUUGUGUGCAGCCCCACGUACGGCAUGUACAAUUCGGCCACAAAAAGCUCCAACUACUUCGUCACCGAUGACGAGGCCGUCAGCAGAUUUUAAGAGGACGGUAGGAUGUGUGCGAAAGCUUCAUUCUCUCAAUUUCUUGGAGUGAAAUCUCGAAAUAUUGAUAUUUUAAAAUAUUAAACGGUAAUAUCAGGCAUUCUGGUUAAAUUUCGACUGGUUUUCACGAAGAUUUCACUCCGAAAAAUUUAGAGAGCAGUACGACCUUGCUGCAAAAGAUGCGCCACGCAUUCCGAGAACACGAGGAACAAGGACAAUCGUAAAACCCGCCUCAUCGCCAUCUCUUAAUCAUCGCACCUUGAUUUCAUUCGUUAGACUCGGUGGAUUCCGUCGGAUUAUCUUCACAAAGAUCACGGGACUCACGGUGAAAACGUGGGGUUUCCAUUUUGCGACUUUACGAGUCCUUAUUCUUCUUGUGAAGCGAAAAAGUUCCUUUAAAUUCAUUUUAAUUCAUUCACGCUCCCGCAGAGUUUGCGCGUGUACAGUUGUAAAACGUAACGAGUACUUAAAGGUGAAGCUUUCGUUUCCUCUUCUGUGCGAGUAAUUCUCUCGUUCACUUCCAUCUCGUAAGAAGCAUUGGCUUCAUUGAUCAGCCAUCUUGUAUAUUGACGCGAGACUAAAUUUGUAGCCCUUAGAGAAGUCUCACUACUUACCAAUCUUCAGACUGACAAAUAUAUACGGAACCAAUAGCUCGUAGGUGUUGUAAUCAAUUUUGUACAAAUCACAGAAAAGAGGAUCUCCUCCUUCGCAACAUUCCACUUGAGUCGGUAAGUUAAAGACCGGAGGAAACAGUCUCGUUUGAUAAAAAACUGAGAGGUUUCGGCGGUCUGUUAUGAUAAAUAUUAGGCGAUAUUCAAUGUUUUUGUAUACAUACGCACAUGUUUCAUUCAGGUAUGCACAUAGACACGUAUCCAUUUACGAAAAAAAAAAGAAAAAAACAAAGAGAAAGUUUUACGGGACGCACGUUUUCCGUAAAUCCCAGGUAAUUACUAGUGGUAAAGUAACACACUUAAUGAUAAUUUCCGAUACAUGUAAAAGAGAGCAAUGUACACGCUUAUUGUUCCCCUAAUCUAAUAGAAAAGAGGGA